CAGACAGCUUGUGUAGCAGCUCUCAGUAGAAGGCAGUCAGAUCUGAGCGAGAGAGGGAGCAGGCAAGCAACCUGGGUUCCUUCUGCCUCCAUCAGCAUCUCUUCUUUCAUUUCUCCUCCUAUCUCAUAGCAGCACUUCUGAAGCAGGUCAGCCCCUGCGUGCCUCCAGGUCUAUGAAAAGCAACAGCUCCCAACUGUCCAGCUUCCACUUAGCCAGCUCCUCCAGCACCCAAGAUUACCCAAGUGUCCUCUCUAAAAGCCAUCCUUAAUGCCAGCCGUCUACAUGAAGACAUAGAACGGAGCUCCCUUACUGACUGCCUCAAGAGUUUACCCCCUUCCCUCGAUAUAUAUGUUUUAAUUUAUUAUAAUUUGACAACGGCAGGAAAAUAGAACAGGGGGCUUCGCGUCUUGCACCCUGAUCCAAAUACCAUCAUGGAUUUGCCAGGCUUGUCUGCCAGGAGAAGUAGAUUGUGGGACUCGGGUACUUUAUUAAUUUUUACUUUUUUGCUCUGGCAGACGUCAUGGGUCCAAGCAGCUGAUCCUGUGGACGUGCUUCAGGCAUUGGGUAUCUACAAUUUACCAGAAGGAGUAAAGAAGGUGACAGGUUUCUGCCCCACCAGGCGGUCUUCAGCUAGUCCAGAUGUGGCAUACAGGAUAUCCAGGGCUGCCCAGAUUAGUGCUCCCACCAACCAAAUCAUCUCAGGAAAGUUCCCAGAAGAUUUCUCUAUCAUGGCCCUAGUAAAGGCCAAUGCUGGAGUCCAGGCAUUUCUUCUCUCCAUCUAUAACGAACAGGGUGUUCAGCAGCUGGGUGUGGAGUUGGGACGAUCACCUGUCUUCUUAUAUGAAGAUCACAACAAAAAGCCUCCCCCUGAGAAUUACCCACAGUUUGGAGGCAUCAACCUGGCAGAUGGCAAGUGGCAUCGUGUGGCUAUAAGCGUACAGAAGAAGACUGUGACAAUAAUCAUGGACUGUAAGAAAAAGGUUUCCAAGCCUCUGCUACGUAGUCCAAAACCUGUAGUCGACACCAAGGGCAUUGUGGUGUUUGGAACCAGAAUUCUGGAUGAAGAGGUCUUUAAGGGAGACAUCCAACAACUACUGUUUUCCUCCAAUCCCCAGGCGGCCUAUGAUUUUUGUGAACAUUAUAGUCCAGAAUGUGGUACUGCUGUACCUGAUAUGCCACAGGCCCAGGAACCCAGCAAAAAGGAAGCUAAGUUGAAAGCUAAUGGGGUACUCAAGGAGCCUGCUAAGCAAAAACCCAAGCCGCCAGCUGCUAAAGUCAACAACAACAACAAAAAUAGCAAACAGGCUUCCUCAAAGCCCACUGUGCCCAAGGUGGCCACUCCACAGACUGCAGUGAAAAAGAACAGCCCUGUGAAAAAUUCCCUGGGCAAGGUUCCUCCCAAAAAGAACGGUGCUACUAGCCGAAACCCUGCCUCCAGUCAGAAGAAACAACCUAAUGGCUAUCAACAGGAAGCUCCUUUUGUAGAUGAGGAGGGUGACUACGUCUACAACAUGGAGGAGGAGAAGUUGCGCGGUGGGGCAGAGCAAAAGGGUGUUCAGCAACAAGCACCACCUGCUACCCCAGCUGUCCUCCAAGUCACAACAGAGGACAUUGCUGUUUCCCCAACAAAGGAAGCUCACCCUCUGCAAGAAGAAGUUGAUUAUGACUAUGCCUACACAGAACAAGAGGAGGCAUUGUACGGUGGUCAGGAAGAAGUGGGAGUACAGGAACAGGUUCCACCUUCCAUGCCUGGCACACCUCAGGUCGCCACUGAGGACAUUGGCAUUGUCCCAACACAAGAAGCGCCUUUUGUACAAGAAGAAGUUGAUUAUUCCUAUGUCUACCCUGGGCAGGAGGAGGAGUUGUUGCAAGGUGGUCAGGAGGAAGUGGGAGCAAAGGAACAAGUUCCACCUUCUAUCCCCGAAUCACCUCAGGUGACCGCUGAGGCCGUCCCUCAGGGGGAGACGGUGGUCAGCGAACCCACAGGAGAGUUCACUGAGGAGUAUGUUGUUGGUGAGGACAUUCCUGAAAACGUCGACUAUGACUAUUACGAUAACAAGCCUCCCUCCACCGACUUUGGACCUGCCCUCUCUGCUGUGAUCCCUGAGAGUGGAGGUGCUGUUGCUGGUGCAAGAGGAGAGAAGGGCGAGAAAGGAGAACCUGCUGUAAUUGAACCUGGCAUGCUCGUUGAAGGCCCCCCAGGUCCUGAAGGCCAGGCAGGUGCACCUGGCCCCUCAGGACCCCAAGGUCCUCCUGGCCAACCUGGUGAUCCUGGUGAGAGGGGUCCUCCUGGACGUGCAGGCCUUCCUGGUGCUGAUGGCUUACCUGGUCCUGCUGGUAGUUCCUUUAUGCUCCCGUUCCGGUUUGGCAGCAGUGGAGGAGAUAAAGGCCCCGUUGUUUCUGCUCAGGAAGCUCAGGCUCAAGCCAUCUUGCAACAAGCUAGGUUGGCCCUGCGGGGUGCUCAAGGCCCCAUGGGAUUUACUGGAAGAUCAGGUGCCACGGGUCCACCAGGCAGUCCGGGUCAUAAGGGUGAACUUGGUGAUGUUGGCCCUCAGGGACCACGUGGACCUCAGGGUAUGGCAGGCCCUCCGGGAAGAGCUGGGCGCAGGGGGGCCGCUGGAGCCGAUGGAGCUCGGGGACUUCCGGGAGAGUCUGGAGUUAAGGGUGAACGGGGCUUUGACGGACUACCUGGAUUACCUGGAGAGAAAGGAAAUCGGGGAGACACCGGUGGACGCGGCCCUCCUGGCCCAUCUGGAGAAGAUGGAGAAAGGGGAGACGAUGGAGACGUCGGCCCACGGGGACUGCCUGGUGAAGCUGGACCUAGAGGUUUACUUGGACCAAAAGGACCUCCUGGCAUUCCUGGACCAACUGGUGUCCGUGGUGCAGAUGGUCCUCAUGGCCCUAAAGGCAAUCUGGGUCCACAAGGAGAGCCCGGACCUCCUGGUCAACAAGGAAUCCCAGGAACACAGGGUCUGCCUGGUCCCCAGGGUGCCACAGGUCCUCCUGGUGAAAAAGGUCCCACUGGCAAACCUGGACUUCCUGGCAUGCCUGGUGCUGAUGGUCCACCUGGUCACCCAGGAAAGGAAGGCCCAGGUGGACCCAAAGGAUCACAGGGUCCUCUAGGCCCACAGGGUCCAAUUGGAUAUCCAGGACCACGUGGUGUAAAGGGUGUAGAAGGCAUCAGAGGCUUGAAGGGUCACAAGGGUGAGAAGGGUGAAGAAGGCUUUACAGGAAUCAAAGGUGACAUGGGCGUCAAGGGAGACAGGGGUGAACUUGGUGUUCCAGGGUCAAGAGGUGAGGAUGGGCCUGAAGGUCCAAAGGGUCGUGUUGGGCCACCAGGUGACGUGGGUCCCAUCGGAGCUGUUGGUGAAAAGGGUAAACUCGGUGUUCCAGGUCUGCCUGGGUACCCAGGAAGACAAGGACCAAAGGGUUCUCUUGGUUUUCCAGGAUUUCCAGGCACUAACGGAGAGAAAGGUGCAAGAGGCGUAACUGGCAAGGCAGGGCCACGAGGAGAAAGAGGUCCAACGGGUCCAAGAGGGCAGCGGGGACCACGUGGUGCUACUGGAAAGUCAGGAGCAAAGGGCACGUCUGGCAGUGAUGGUCCACCUGGCCCACUCGGUGAGAGGGGUCUACCAGGACCUCAGGGACCCAAUGGCUUCCCCGGACCUAAAGGGCCACCUGGACCACCAGGAAAAGAUGGAUUACCUGGACACCCUGGACAGAGAGGAGAAGUUGGCUUCCAAGGAAAGACUGGGCCUCCAGGCCCUCCUGGUGUAGUUGGUCCUCAGGGUCCUUCUGGUGAGUCUGGUCCAAUGGGAGAAAGAGGACAUCCUGGGCCUCCUGGUCCACCUGGAGAACAAGGCCUACCUGGUCCAUCAGGGAAGGAAGGAACAAAGGGUGAUCCAGGUCCAACAGGUGUACCCGGAAAGGAUGGCCCACCAGGUUUGAGAGGUUUCCCAGGAGAAAGAGGGCUUCCUGGAACUCCAGGCGGUCCAGGUCUGAAAGGUAAUGAAGGCCCUGCAGGCCCACCUGGCCCUGCGGGUUCUCCAGGUGAGAGGGGUGUAGCAGGACAAGCAGGCCCCAUUGGUCCACCUGGCCGUCCCGGCCCUCAGGGUCCCGCAGGUCCUGCUGGAGAAAAGGGUGUUCCUGGUGAGAAAGGUCCAAUUGGUCCUGCUGGACGAGAUGGUGUCCAGGGUCCUGUUGGUCUGCCUGGUCCAGCAGGCCCUCCAGGUGUCCCCGGUGAGGACGGAGACAAGGGUGAAGUUGGAGAGCCUGGACAGAAAGGAGCCAAAGGUGCCAAAGGUGAACAUGGUCCUCCAGGUCCUACUGGACCAAUGGGUCCUGUUGGUGCCCCAGGAGCAGCUGGUGCUGAUGGAGAACCAGGCCCCAGGGGCCCUCAGGGAAUUUUUGGACCAAAGGGUGAUGAAGGUGCUCGUGGCUUUAAUGGAGCCCCAGGACCAAUUGGCCUCCAGGGUCUUCCUGGACCUGCAGGUGAAAAGGGAGAGACAGGUGAUGUUGGACCUCUGGGACCACCCGGACCACCUGGCCCAAGAGGUCCAGCAGGCCCAUCUGGAGCUGAUGGUCCUCAAGGUCCUCCAGGAGGAAUUGGCAACCCUGGCCCACAGGGUGAGAAGGGAGAACCUGGUGAAUCAGGCACCCCUGGAAUACAAGGAGAACCCGGUGGUAAGGGUCCAAAAGGUGAGAGAGGAGAGAAAGGUGAGGCUGGACAACCUGGUACUCCUGGACCAGCAGGUCCCAAAGGUCCCACCGGUGAUGAUGGCCCUAAGGGUAACCCUGGACCUGUGGGAUUCCCUGGAGAUCCUGGUCCUCCUGGCGAAGCUGGACCUGCUGGUCAAGAUGGAGCCAAAGGUGAACGAGGAGAAGAUGGAGAAUCUGGUCAGAUUGGGUCUCCUGGUCCUACUGGUGAAAAUGGUCCACCUGGUCCUCCAGGCAAGAGAGGACCUGCUGGUGCUGCCGGUCCUGAAGGUCGUCAGGGAGAGAAGGGCUCUAAGGGAGAGCCUGGUGCAGCCGGUGCUCCUGGGAAAACUGGUGCUGUUGGCCCCCAGGGUGCUCCAGGAAAACAAGGGCCAGAGGGUCUCCGUGGUAUUCCAGGAGCAGUUGGAGAGCAAGGUGCCCCUGGUGCUACUGGACAAACUGGUCCCCCAGGUCCGAUGGGUCCUCCUGGUUUGCCAGGGCUAAAGGGAGAUCCUGGUGCUAAGGGAGAAAAGGGUCAUCCAGGUUUGAUUGGUCUAAUAGGUCCUCCAGGUGAACAAGGUGAGAAAGGAGAUCGAGGUCUUCCUGGUCCUCAGGGAAUAGCUGGAGCAAAAGGCGAAACUGGAAUCUCUGGUCUUCAAGGCCCAAUUGGUCCUGCUGGUCCACCUGGUCUUCCUGGUCCUCCAGGUCCUAAGGGUGCUAAAGGAGCUACGGGUCAAUCUGGUCCAAAGGGUGAACGUGGUGUUUCUGGUCCACCUGGACCCCCAGGUCCUCCUGGUGAGGUUAUCCAGCCUUUGCCCUACCGAAUGCCUAAGAAGAACAAACGGUCCAUUGAUGCCAGCCAGGUUAUGGAUACUGAUGGUAUGGUUGCUGAUGCUCCCAUGGAUUAUGCUGAUGGCAUGGAGGAGAUCUUUGGUUCUCUCAACUCACUCAAACAGGAGAUUGAACACAUGAAAAACCCGUUGGGAACCAAAGAGAAUCCUGCUCGAACCUGUACGGACCUUCAGCUCUCUCAGCCCAAUUUCCCUGAUGGCGAGUACUGGAUUGAUCCAAAUCAGGGAUGUUCUCGGGACUCCUUCAAGGUUUACUGUAACUUCUCUAGUGGUGGUGAGACCUGUGUCCUCCCCAGCUCAUCUGCUCAAACGAUUCCAUUGUCCAAAUGGAAACAUGAAAAGCCAGGCCGUUGGUUCAGUGAGUUUGCUAGAGGUAACAAGCUGUCAUAUGUGGAUUCUGAAGGUAAUCCUCUCGGUGUGGUCCAGAUGACAUUCUUACGGCUACUGAGUGUAUCUGCACGACAGAACUUUACUUAUCACUGUCACCGAUCAGUAGCUUGGCACCACCAUGCUACUGACAGCUAUGAAAAGGCCAUUCAUUUCCUGGGCUCUAAUGAUGAGGACAUGUCCUUCGAAAGCAGUCCAUAUAUCAAGGCACUCAUGGACGGCUGCUCAGUGAGGAAAGGUUAUGACAAGACCGUCCUUGAGGUGAACACACCACUCACAGAACAGCUUCCACUCCUUGAUGUUAUGGUUACUGACUUUGGAGAGGACGGUCAGGAGUUUGGUUUUGAUGUGGGACCAGUUUGUUUCCUAGGCUAAGACUCAUUGCUGUGGAAGCGCUCGCUGUUCUAGAGUCACUUGAGCAAUGGACAAACUGCCCUUUUCCUUUCCCCACCAUCGCCUUCCUUUCCUUAACCCUUUGCUCUUGAACCUCAGGUGGCAGCAUGUGACAUGCAGGAUUCCAUUUUAGAAGAGAGACUUUAAGAAAGAAGAAAACAGUAAAUGGUCUCGUUCUUCCCUAUUGCCGUAAAACUCAUCCUUCACAGGAGAGGAUGAUCUUCCAGGGCCUGUCAUGCCAUUACCAAAAAAAAAAAAGGUGGAUGCAUUUAUGAUGCCAACAAAGGGAAUAACACCGAUACUCCAUUGAGAACAAGAGACAGAGGGACUCAGUCAGUAGUAGUCAUGGCAACUGUGUGGUCUUCUUGAAUUUUGCAAAACAAUAGUAGAUUGUAUGUAAAUGUGUAUUUAACAUCAUUGCACACAGACUCACACAUAUUUACCCACAUAGAAUCAAUUUUAACUAAUUUAAGAAGCAACCCCUACUGCACAUCUUUUCUAUGUGAAAGUGACAAUAUAAAAAAAAAUCCUUCUGAACAAGAAGGAAAGUCUGUGAAGAAGUAUCUAUGGUGCUCAAAACCUUGUAAUUAACCAAAUCUUAAGGAUCAAAAGAAAUGAUAACAAAACCAAGGUGCUCAAAAUAUUUUAUAAUAUUUGUAAAGUAUUUUUUAUUUGUAUUGUAAUAUAUAAUCUAUAAUUUGCUGCUUUUUGGGGUUAUUGUUUUGUUUGUUUUUUUUGUUUUGUUUUUUGUUUGGUUUCUGUUUAGCGUCAUAUGCAUGUUUCUUCCAUUGCUGUCUUGCUCUUCCCAGGUGCUUUGUCCCAUCUGAAGUUGUCUAUCCAUUCUGCCUCAUCUUCCUUGUAAGCACUUUUGCCAACUUGCCUCUUUGCUAUUCGGCCACAGUAUGUCUCCCCAACUUUUUUUCCUAAAUGGCAAGUAAGUCACAUGCCAGGCAAUAAGUAAAAAGAUAUUUAAAAAGAAUAAUGGUUUUGAACCCAUA